AAAUUUGGCGCGAGAUUUCAUUCUCUGGUAAGAGUGUUAGUCUAUAAUCUAAGGUCUUAGUCAGCGGGCUGCAGUAGCAGGCAGUAAAGAUUGGAAAUGGAAAAGGGAAUGUUUAUUAAACUUGCGGGGAAGAUGGGUAUAACGUCUACAAAAAUAAUAAGCCAAGCAGAGGAAUAUAUGAGGUUGUGUCAAGUCAAAUGCACCGGCCUCAGGAACUUAACAGUGACGAGUAAAGCUGUCAUAUGCCUCGAUCUGGCCGCGAAGGUCAUGAGAUUCCCCCUAGACAAAGAAUAUGCCGUUAAACUGUCAGGGUUAAAUACGAGAACUUAUCAGAGCAAUUUAAAAUCUAUGGAGUGUAUGCUGGGCCUGGAAUCAAACCUGGGACUCCGAGACCUGGCCGUGCAGUAUGGGUGCCCCGAGUCUGUGAAGGCUGCCGCCAUUAUGCUGAAAAGAUAUGAAGAGAGUCUCCCUGAAGCCCAGAGGCUGGACAUAGACCUAUCAAAGCCCCUGUUCACAACAGCAGCCCUAUUCACAGCCUGCAAAUGCAUGAAAAUCAAAGUGAACAAGAAAAUGGCAGCCUCAUCGGGAGCCAAAAGGGGGAUCUUCGACCGGCUGUGCACCCAGCUGCAGAAGCUGGGGCAGGAAGUCUGCAUUGAGCGUCCUCCGCUUAAGGUGCCAUCAAGGACUCUUCAGAAAAGGCCAAAAUCACUGCAAGAGCGUAUUGAGCAGGAAGAACAAGAGGACGAGCUGUCAGCUUCUCCAAAAAAACAGAAAUGUGACCCAGAAGAAUGUGUGAAAGAGGACUAUGAAGAAUGGAAGAGGAGAAUUCUGGAAAAUGCCCUCAAAGCCAAGAAAGUGGAUGCAUAAAUUUAUUUUUAAUUUGUACAUUUUAUGUUAAUUGUAAAGUUUGUUCAUUGUUUGAGUUUGAUGGGUGAGGUGCCAAGUUUGACCUUCUAGAGGGUAGCAACGUUUCCAAUCUUUGAUGGUAAUUGUAAUGUGGACAAUUAUAGUUACAUUGUAGUAUUGCCUCCUUAAGUGAUGACAGGAAUGUACCGUAUAUGAAUUUGUACAAUGAUGGUGCAUGUUAAAUCCUUUAAAGAUUUGAAAUCUCCAAUUGCAACUCGAGAUGGUGAGUGUUUAGUUAACGAUUCCCUUUUUUUUUUUUUAACCUGUACAUAUGCAAGUAUAUAAAUCUGUCUCUAAGAGUGCAGUUUUUUAAAUUAUUUUUAAAUGUUUUUUUUUUUUUUUUUUUUUUUUUUUUUAAAUAAAAGCUCACAUCCAGCUUUUGAAUGAUGUGCUAGGUCUCAAUCAGAUGUUAGCUUUCCAUUCAGCAUUUGAGGUAAUGGCAUCUUAGUAGAUCUUGGGAAAAAUAUUUGUUCAUUGAUUUAUUUCAGGGAAACAUUUGAUGUCCUUAGUUUUGAAAUGCUUGAAAUAAACAAUUUGGUUUUUUUUAAAGUU